CGAAGACAUUUGGAAAAUCUAAACCCUACCCACGUACUGGUGCGAUCCUUCUUCUUCAUCUUCUUCCCAAUUAAGCCAAAUAAUUUCGAUCAUCUGAUCUCUCUCUCUCUCUCUCAUCAUUCUCCAUUUCAUUCCGAUCAUUCCCCGGAAAUCCGACAAUUUCCCGGGAAAAUGUCUCACGGCGAUACCAUACCCCUCCAUUCAUCUUCCCAAUCGGACAUUGACGAGAUUGAGAAUCUCAUCUACUCAAACCCAUCAACCGUUCUACCUGCUAGACCUCCAAGUCCACCUCGAGCUUCAAUUCCCGUCUCAUCUUCUCCAUUUAUCCCCUCAAACCUCCCACCUCCUUCUUACCAGAAACCCACACCAGUUCCAUCUGUUUCAGCUCCUCCUCCACCUCCACCUCCUCGAUCCGAUACUGUUCAACCAAGAAUUGCAUCAGAUGGGUUUGGUCCACCUCCAAACACUUUGACUGAACCAGUGUGGGAUACUGUAAAAAGGGAUCUAUCUAGGAUUGUUAGCAAUCUUAAGCUUGUUGUUUUCCCAAAUCCGUAUAGGGAAGAUCCUGGUAAGGCACUUAGAGAUUGGGAUCUUUGGGGACCUUUCUUCUUCAUUGUUUUCCUUGGAUUAACUUUGUCUUGGUCUGCAUCUGUUAAAAAGUCUGAAGUUUUCGCGGUUGCAUUUGCACUUCUAGCAGCUGGUGCUGUGAUUCUGACAUUGAAUGUGUUACUACUGGGAGGUCACAUAAUCUUCUUCCAGAGUCUGUCUCUUCUGGGUUACUGCUUGUUCCCAUUGGAUAUUGGUGCAUUAAUCUGUAUGAUAAAGGAUAACGUGAUAGUCAAGGUUGUCGUGGUUUGUGUAACAUUGGGAUGGAGCUCUUGGGCAGCAUAUCCUUUCAUGAGUACAGCCGUCAACCCUAGAAGAAAAGCUCUCGCACUCUAUCCAGUCUUUCUCAUGUACGUUUCUGUCGGUUUUCUCAUCAUCGCAAUUGAUUAAUCCGCAUAUAUCCAAACCGGUUUUCAACAAAUUAUAGAGCCAUGCAUGUCACACUAUUGCCUUCUUUCGCUUCUCAACAUCAGAUGUAUGAAUGAAUGAACCAACUUUGAGUAAAAUUGCAGAUAGUUAAUAGUUUUGUAUCUCAGUGAAAUUUUCAAUAUGAAAUAUUGUGUAUGAAUUACUGUUGAAGACGGCUUGGUUUGUGAACUAGGAAAAUAUAUGUAUUGAAAUUGAAGUUGGAACUGUAAUGUCUCUUGUUCAUGUAAUAAUUAGGGGUUUUCCUGGAUUGGUUUAUUCUAUUUAUUUUAUAACCCAAAAGUUGAUAACCAUAACUGAACUUAUUAUACUUAUUUUAAAUUAAA